GAGUCAGGCCGUAGGACAUGUAGCUCUUCAUGCCUUUGAACUUGGUCUGCUUGGUGGGGUCGUCAAUGGUGCAUGUGAAAGGAUAGGGGUCCUCCUGCCACUCCGGCCCAUGCUUCCCCAUCACCACGCAGAUCCUAUCCCCGUCCUUCACAAAAGCAGAGGCCUCCCCAAGCAGGAAGGCCUCCCCUCCGGACUUGACAAAGGUGGAGAACCUGUUGAGGUUCCUCCCCACUGUUGCUGAGCUCUUGGCCUGCUGCUGAUGCUGCUGGGUGCUGGAACGUCGCCCGGGCAAGGAGGACGUCACCGGGUACAAGGGCGGCGUGCUGCCGAAACCCUGAGGCGCAUCGGUAGCAGUAGAGCUGUCGUCCCAGUCGUCGUCCCAGUCGUCGUCACUGCCCUGGCUGGUGCGGAAGCUGCCCCCGCCACUGCCACCACUACCGGCCCCGAGUCCUCUCUGAGACUGGGAGUCUGGGGAAGUGUAGGAAGUGUGGGUGGGUGUCUGGACUUUGAUUUUGGGCGAGGACAAGCCAUUGUUGUUGGUGUUGGAGGUGAUGUGCUCCCUGAUGAUCUCCACAUAAGAUGCAGGGAAGAGGCCAGCCUCCCCCCUGCUGUUCUCCCCCUCAAGCCAGCCCUCCAGCUCCUCCUCAUUGAACAGAGUCACCAGCUCAUUCUCUGUUAUGGAGAUCUCCCCUGGGUUUUCAGAGUGGAAGUCAUACAAGACUCUGGCCUUUAAUGCCAUACUUUAACUAAUAAUGCUUGUGUCUUUUUUGUUUCUGUGUCCAGGUCUUUGUUGCCCAAGAACUUCCCUCUGCUCCCGGAUUAAGCCUUUAAGAGCUCUCUGAAAUUUGGGUGAGAUUUAGAUCAAGCAGCAGCAACAACUGGUCUAUUUUUUCCACUUGUGUCACAAUCAAACAGUCUUGUAUCCGAGAUUCGUGCAUAUAAGAACAAGAACACAAACACGCAGGCUUGUAUCCGACACUCACCUCCACUGUCCGCUCCGGUCCGCGGGUUCAAAUAUCAUUUGUUUCCAUGCAGAACUUCAUCAAAGUCGGAAAACGCAGAGGAAACUGCCGGUUAGAGUUUGAUGAAUUUGCGACUGUGUAGCUGAAGUAGGCUAUUCCUCCAGACACAGCCUGUUAAAGUAGGCUAUUUUUUUCUCCUCUUCUCUCUCCAUGUAAGUUAAAGGCUACAGUCUAACACGUAGUAGACUGGCUGACUAGCGGAGGGUGGAGCCAGGGGCAGGUUCAGUUAAAUCACCGAAUUCAUACAUGGAAACCCCCCUUUUUGAAAGCUCCAUCUUAAGGGCAUCGUAUAAAUGUAUCGUCGUGUUUGUAUGUAGGCCUAGUCAUACUUGUCCUGAACCCAAUGACCUAUCGGUCGCAGUUGCAGAAAUUAUGGAGCAAUGUGCUUUUAUAAAACCUCAAUAUUUAGAAAUGAGAGUAAUAUAGUACAAUAUGCAACACCAGAAGUAUCAAUCGGUAGUCAUUUCAUUAUAGAAAUGUGGGACUUUAGGAAAACAGCCUUCUGGUGUCAAACACUGCACAUAGGCCUACAUCAUCUUGCACAGAAGAUUAAACAUUCAGGGGAGGUAAUUUGCCCAAAUUUAAAUUAGCUCAAAACUUGCCCAAAAAAACUGCCAGAAAAGCUACUUUUGGGCAAGUUUUUGCAGCUACGAAUUACAAACAUUCCGUAUAUUUUCAAUUUCAGUUCUUUUUAGGCAUAUGGUACUAAUUUGAAAAUAUAUUUCCCCCUAGAACCUGCAAAACCCCUUAAAACUGUAUGAAAAAUUGUCAUUUUAAUAGAAUUGUUGUCACAGCAUUCCCUUGUUUCAUUGAUUAUAGGGGGAAGAUAUUAUAUAAUAUAAGAUAGAUAAGACAAGAUAAGAUCAUUUGUAUGUGGCUGGGCGCGUUGAUCCACCCCGGCCACUAGAGGUCAGUGUUCAUCAUCACAUAGUGAUGGGAGACAGCAGUUCCUCCUCCUGUCCAGGUCCUGGCAGUAAAGCGACUUUGACGUUGGGUUCUGUCGAUGUUAAACCUUCCAGACAAAGAAUGUGAUAAUUAAGCAAAUGCUGUACAUAUAUGAUAUUCAUGAUAUUUCAUGAUACAUUAUUUGCGUCAUAACAAGAUGGAACGGGGAAAUUAUUAGAGAGACCAAAACCGUUUUUGUACCCGGCUGUAAACAUUGUUUAUUUCUGCUGUAAAUCUGUUUCUUUUAACGUUAGGAUUUAUGGUAAUUAACCAUUGACUCGCAUUUGGAGCCAGGCUCGAGUGGCCGUUUUGGCUUUUCCGCGUUGGCUUUUUCAGUCACCGAGGUUACUGCUUGCGUGAACCCUACCUGGACUCACAGCUGGAAUGUUUUAAUUACUAAUAAAAGAGGUUUCUAUCAUGACCGACCCAGUUCAGACCACCUCUGACAGUCUGUGUAAACUCGUCCGCUGGGCUCACAGCCACGGCACCAUCUGCAACCUCAUCCCCAGCCUGCAGCACCUCACUUGUGGUACCUAUGGUAACGUACUUACACUGGAGGCCAUACCCCAUGCCAGCAGUGUCCCUGUCGCCGUUUGGGGUUGUGGUGCUGGACACGCCUACCAUUGGCCCCUCAGUGACCGUAGCAGCGGCUGCGGAGGCUCAGCGAAUACCAGCCAGGGCCUGGAGAGGAUUGUCGGAGGACGUCCGUCCAAUAAGGUGAGAGUGAAGGCGUCAUGUGACCUCUCCUGCAGCGAAGCAGCAUCAGAGGGGGAGGAGUUCAGCAGCCGGCUGUUUGACAUGGCUGGAUGUGAUUCAUCGGCCACAGACGAAGAUGGCGACUACGAGCCCCGCCUAUACAGGAAAAGAUGCAGGGCACUGGGAGGAGCAGUUGACGGGAAGAAGGUCAAGCAGGAAGCAACCUCAGCAGAGAAUACUGACACUACCGCAAACAUAGCUAGCACGGGGCUAGCAUUAACAGGCGCUGUCGAUAUUUCGCAGGCUUGUCAGGCACAAAGCACACACUCUCAAAUCACUCUCACACUGUUGCCCAACAAGCCCCUCCCACGCUUCCCCCAGCCCCAGCAUGGGCAGCAUCUGGGGUUAGUGGACCCAGAGAUGGAGCUGCUAGGAGGAGGCAGCUGCAUGGCAGGGACCACAGAGCAGGCCGAGAGAUGCAGAUCCACCACAGAGACUACAGAACAGACUGCAGGGAGGCAGAAUGAGCUGGAAAAGUUGCGAGCGUUACUUUGUGCCGAACGCAGCCACAACCAGCAGAUGACAGAGAUCAUCACCAGCCUGAAGCAGGACAAAGAGCUGCUGCAGCAUGAACUCACUAAAAAAGCCGAACUCAUCUGCGACUUCCUGCAGGACAAACUGCGGCCAGAGAAGCGGUGGUCUCGCUGCUCUAAUCAGACGGAACCGGGAAGUUCACAAAUGACCUCUCCUGAUGAUGUGGAAGAAUUUGAUUCACCGCCGCUGUUUGACUCAUUUGAGGAAAUGGAGCUUCACCCUCUGGAGCGCCACCGGACCCUGAAGACGAAGAGGAGCCGGGACGGGGAAAACACUCGAGUCAGGAUGAAAAACGUGGUGGGUGUGAUAGCGCGCUACAUGGCAGCCCUCAAAGAGUUUCGCCACAGCGUCUCCAUGAAGGUGGCCUUCGACCGGGUGGGCGUGGACCGCAACACCAUCUCCCGUACAGCGGCCAUAGCUGAGCUCAGUCUGGCCGCUCCAGAGGUGUUUCACGCACUGCCACCGUGGGAUGAGAAAGAGGAGACGCUGGCACGUUACGCCCAUCGCUGCCGACAGGCGAUGGAUGACAGCAUUAAGGCCAAGAUCAAAACAAUGAAGGCAAAAGGCGAACUGCUGCCCAUUGUGUCAAAGUGACAAACAGACAACAGUUGCUGACCGACUCCUUCUGACUGAACAUAUAAAGAGAAAAUCCAACACUCACGUCAAGGGAUUCACUUCUUCUGCUGUGCCAUCAGUCUGUUGUGUUCAACUUAUUCCACAAAUGAUAUUGGCAGGAUGUUGUAAUUUUCUUUUGUAGUACCAACUUUUCCACAAUCUCUUCUGAUCAUGUGACUGCAUUAGAUUCUGGCUCCAUUUCUGCUACUAAGGGUGUAGAAAUCUUUCUGCCUCCUCUACAGUGGAUUUGUCCUUGUUUGGUUGUGAAACAUCGGUGCAAUAUUGUGACUCUAGAAAUAAUAAGCUCUUGUUCCUAGAUCCUCUGGGACUAUCAU